GCCAAAAACUUUUUUUGUUUUUCUCCCUAAAAUAUUUGGUAUAUAAAUGUUAUGAUAUUUCCCCCUCUUUUCAUUUUACUUUUUUCUUUUUUUUUCCCCAUUAUUUUUUUUCCCCAUCAAUGUCAUCAUCACCAUUAGCACCACCUGCUUUUUAUUAUAAUUCUACUUUUACCAUGAAUGAGUAUUUCAGCAAUAACAGUCAUGAUAACGAAGGAUUCUUUAUGCCAGAAUUCUCUCAUCAUACUAGUUACUCCAAUCAUGUCUUUACCGGUUGUAGUGUCAAGGACAAUAUGAUGGUUGCUAUCAAGGGAGAGGGAGAUUUGAUCCCCAAUGAUCACUUAUUCGAUUUCUAUGGUACGCCUUAUUCUACACAGCCCUAUGAUUUCAUGACAGCCUCUGCUUCCUCAUCCUGCUCUCCUCCACCAUUAUUAUCACCCGAAUUUAACAACGGCUUUUAUACAUCACCUUCAACCACCUCAACAGGUGACAACCAUUAUUUCUAUGACACACGGAUACAAGAAUAUCCCUUGAUUAAACCCGAGUUGACAUUUACCACGACAACCAGUAACUAUGAGGUUACUACGCAACGUCAUUCGUCACCCGAAUCCAGUUGUUCUGUUGCUUCGCACAAAAAGAUGUUCUCGUGUAAUUACUGCAGUCGAUCCUUUGCCCGCAAAUACGAUGUAGCAAGACACAAGCGUAUUCAUACAGGUGUAAAGCCAUAUGUCUGUCCUUGUUGUUCGAAGGGCUUCUCGCGUUCUGAUGCUCGAGUUCGUCAUUUCCGAACCGAGACCCUAUGUAGGGAUGGUGCUGAGAGGCUGGGAAAACAACGUCGACAUCUAAAGAGCUGCAUUUGAAAUCAUUCACUUUCAUUUUCAUUCAUACUUCUUUUAUUUAUUAUUCAUCUUGUCAUAUUGAAUGUUGAUCACAAAUUCUGAUCCCCACUCGUUCUACCUUUUUCCCUUCAUCUUGCAUGCUUUUAUUAUUCAAUACAUCCCCCCCCCCUUUUUUUUUUUUUUUUUUUUUUUUUUAAUUCAUCAUUUGUUAUUGUACUCUCAUGAGAGUUUCUUUAUCCUUCUUUUUCUCCUUUUUCAGACAUCAUUACUAUAUCACUCAUGCCCUCUUCAUUUUUUUUUCGCCCCAAAACUUUAUGUUGUAUGAUUUUUCUCUCUAGUUCUUUUAAUAAAUUAAUCAUUAUUAUUUA